CUUGACUACCGAUAGGCUAGACGUUCACAAACAGAAGCGAAAUCGAAAGUGAGGCAAUCGGAAAAUAGCUUUAAUGGCAGAGGGAGGCGAACACAACAAUCCAGUACCAAGAUCUGAUGCAGAUUUUGAGUACUCGUGCACACCGUGCGCUGACGAAGGCAAUGAUGAAACGGCGUUGAAAUACUGUAAAGAAUGUAAAGAAUAUCUCUGUGCAGCGUGCAUAAAAUAUCAUCUUAAAUUUUCUGCAACGAAGAAACACGCGCUACAUGACAACGAACACCAACAUUGUGAGACAGAUUCCAUCGACACUACAUCAGAUGAGGACCAAAUGUUCAAAUGUCUCUAUCAUCUUGACAGGGAUAUCGAGAUGUACUGUGGUGAUCAUGACAUGGUGUAUUGCUCUCUAUGUGUUGCUAAGGAUCAUAGGCACUGCACUAGAAUACUAGAACUUAAAGAAGCAACUAAAAGGAUUUCUAUCGAAAACAAAGACAUCAUACUGAGUAAAGGCGACUCUUUGCAGGGUGAAAUACAGGUAACAAGAGAGAAGAAAAAAAUAAAUCUGAUUACACUAGAUAAGGAAAAGAAUGAAAUUGUAAAAACCAUUAAAGACACGGAACGUUUGAUGAUUGACACAAUCAAAGAACUAGCGCUUGAUGCACAAGCAAAGGCUUGCACUACAUAUAAUGGUUUAAAGGAAGAAUUGCAAACAGAAUAUUCUGUUCUUUUGCAAGCUUUUACUGAUACUAAUGAGUUAAGAAGUAAAGUUAAAACAAAGGUGGACCUAGAUGAAAAACGAAAAUUUGCAAGACACAUUCUGCACAAACAUAGCAUGGCCGAAUUAGAGAAUAAGCACGACAGCGUAGAAAAAGAUGAGAGGAAAAUGAAAUGGUUUAAGAAUGAAGAAUUGAUACAAUACUUGUCAACAGCUGAUUGUCUUGUUCAGGUUGUUGGAAGUAAAACCAGCUUCAAUAUCAAAGACAACCCAAUUCGCAAACAGUCACAGAACGAUAUAAACAUAAAACGAAAUGGUGAUAAACAGACCUGUAGCAUAACUGGAAUUUGCCAGCUUUUUGAUGGUACAAUUAUACUUUGUGAUCGCACAAAUAAAAAGUUGAAAAAGCUGAAUGAAGACUAUAGUAUCACAGAAGAACUCGAAUUAGCAUCUAGUCCAUCGGGUAUUUGUUUAACAGGCAAAAGUGAGGUAGCAGUUAAACUCAAGGAUCACACUAUAUUGUUUGUUUGUUACGAUAAGGACACAUUGAAGAAAAACUAUUUCAUAAAAAUCGAGGGCGGUGACACUGUUGGUAUUGCCUACUUUUGCGACGAAAUAUGGUGCUACACUGGAAAUGACAUCAAGGUCUAUAAUCGUUGGGGAACGGUCAUAAAAACCUUCAAUUCUGAAUCAUUUUCAGGAACAAUAUUCAACCCUGUUGGGAAAGAACUUGUCCCAGUUGCAACAGACGGUGCGUUUAUGUAUGUAUCAGAUUUGGGUAACAAAGUUGCAUGUCUAGACAGGGAAGGAAACGUAUGGUCGGUUAUGGAAAGUAAACGGUCGGAGGUAGUGAGAAAAGCUGGUAUUGUUUCAAAGGAUAUCAUUUGUAUCGCAGGAUACACCUCGGGAAAUGUUAUGAUGUUCGAUGGAAAAGGUAAAUGCUUAGGAGAGUUGGUAGAUGGUUUAAUGGAACCUGAUUCCCUAUGCUACGAUAACAAGAAACAGCAGCUGCUUAUUGGGUACCGAGAUUUGGAUAUAUUGACAAUUAUCAAAAUAGAUAAUGGUUUCUAGGAAAGAUAUAAAAGUAGUAUCCUUUUUAAAAAGAAAUUAAGAAUUGACGUGUUAUGACUUAUUUACAACUUUUGUGCAGACGUCACUGGAAAUCGAAUAAGUAAAUCAAAACAAACAAAGUAGAUCCCACAAACAAAAAGAAAUACACUUUAAUGUAACUAAGUUUAACUGGUGGUACUAGCAACUGGUGGCCAUGCGUUGAGCAAUGUUAGCGUUGAUAGAAGACGAUCAAGUAAGACGUCCAAUAAUAGACGCUCCUGCCUUUUCCCCUACUGGACAAAAUGGAACGCGACUGUCAAUUAUAAUCAAAAAGAUAUAUUUUUGUUUAGUAUUACUUUGUAAUGUUUUCUAUGUAUGUGAAGUGAAAUAAAAGAAAUAUUGCAAAAUCUAUAAAUGAAUAUAAAGAAGUAAAAGAAAACCAAUAAUUAUGAUUUGUGGAAAAGCUAGAUGCCUGUUUUCCGAUCAGUAUUUGUAAACGUUAAAAUCAUAAUUCGUCCACAAUCAUUCUAAUUUUUAUGAUAAUGGUGUUCUAAAAUAUAUGCACAAUAAGUUGUACAAAAAAGUGACUUUAACUAGAGUAAGGCAUCGAUACUUUUUAUAUAUGGUAUAGGGGCAAAUAAAUACUACUUAAGACAUAAACAUAAAUAAGCAAUUACUAAGACAGAAUGUAAUUAUUAUUACAUACUUUAAAUUCUAAAAUAAACAAAUUGAGUUAUCUUAUUUCAGAUAUAACACAUUUUAGUUAGAUUUUAUUAUAUUUUUGUCCCUAUAUA